AUGUCGGACGGCCGAAGGUCUGUGAGCUGGAAGUACGUCGACGAGCUCCAGCAGCGGAUACGUGCCCUUGAGUCUCUCAAUCACCGACAAGCGGAUGAGCGGCCUUCACAGUCGAACAACCACAAUGCUGAAGGCUCGGCAGAAGAUGGGACUUCAAUACCAGCCGACUACCCUGCGAACCAGUCUCCGAGCACCCAACAGCAUUCUCCACCGCUUCCUGCUUUGAGCCACCCACAAUCUGAGCCCGUUGCCGAGACCUCGCUCGACUCUCAGCAGCGACGGUCCAACAUAUUCCAUCCAGUUCACGCCGGAAGUCCUCGAGAAAAAGGAUCCGACGACAUAUCGAGCUUCUUCGGUCUGACAUCCCACCCUCAUGUUGGGUCUCCGGUUGAGAUCUCCGCGGACAGCUCGAUGACGGCCUGUGCGGACGAAGUGGUGGCGCUGAGCAUCGAUCUCGGUGCCAAUUCGCCCCAGCUGAGAAAUAACUUGAUCCAGUCGUUUUUCAAGUAUCAGACACUGUGGGUCGACAUUGUCGACAAAGAAUGUUUCUCGGGGCACCGAAAGCCGGGCACUCACAGUCGCUGGUACAGUGACUUUCUUGAAUACACCAUGUUGGCGUGCGCGACCCGGCUCCAGACGUCGAGCGCGGUGCGCUCCCUCGGACGUGAAUAUGCCCAGUUGGCCAAAAACGAGGUGUUGGGGGCUCUGCACGACCCAACGCCUGCCAACCUUCAGGGGUUCUUGCUUCUCAGUGAAUACGAAGUGACCCAGGGAAACGACCGACCGGGGUGGAUCUUCUGUGGUAUCGCGUGCCGAAUGCUUUCUGACCUGGGUCUGCAUGAGCUGGCGCACCGCAAUGGCGAUACGGAUGGGAAGAUGGACGAAGAGACCGCCAGAGAGAGCGCGUUAGCAUACUCCCUCCUGUCGGCCUGCAUCACCUACGAAGGUGUCUGGACUCUGUACCUGGGCCGGCCGAGCUCCAUCCCGGCGUCCAUCAUGGACAUUGCUGCCGCACGGUGCCGCGAGCGCCGUCGGUCGGAUUCUCCCCUUCUCAACGCCUGGCUCGGACUCUGCGUGCCCAUGUGCCAGAUAUCCCACGUCCUGAACAAUCAGGACAGCGGCUACGGCGACUCCUCAGACUCGUCCUCGCAACGCUUGCAAAGCCUCUGUGCGCAAGUGCAGGCCUGGUACGAUAACCUCCCGCCUGAACUGGUCUACGACGAAAAACACUUGACGAACCUGGACAUGGCGGGGUACGGCUUGCACACGCAGUAUUGCAAAGUCCAGAUUCUCCUGAGCCAGGCCAGGGCCCGACCCCGCCAUGUUCGGAAACGCAGAUACUCGCAGAUCUCGGGCGACGGCGUCUCAGACGUCAUGUCCAGGGACUCUGGGAACACCAUCUAUCAAGCGUCGCUCCGCAUUGCGCGGCUGGUGGUCACAUAUCGCGAGGCGUUUGGAGUGGAAAAGAUCCCGUCGAUUAUGCUCGACAACGCUGUGGUGGGAGCGACCGCUUUGAUUCGACAUGUUCAGCGAACACAGCACGGGCCAGAUGCGGUCAGCCGGCGGGAUCAGACGUGGAUCCGCUCGCUGGUCAAGAGCUUGGAGGCUGUACAGCCUCAUUUUCCCAUCACGAGGCGAAUGCUCGACGUCCUGAAGUCUAGCUGUGCAGGGACGUCUCUAGCAGACCUCUUCCACCCGCCCGUUCCCGCGACAAACCUCGCCUCUGUUCCAUCCGGUUCGCCCACCUCGAUCCACCCGAUGAAGCAUACGCAGACUGUGUCGGACAUGUUUGAGCCCAAUCUGCUCAACCCCAUCCAUGAUCUCGACGGGGUCUGGGGUUCCUUUGGGCGUAAUGUUAGCCCAGCUACCUUCUUCUGGAGUGGGCUCGAUGCUGUUUUCCCCGAAGUGACUUGUUCGGACAGCCCGAUUCUGUGA